GGGGCGGCGGCGGGCGGGGCGCCGCGGCAGAGCUGCCCGCCGCUAUGGAGCCCGACUCGGUGAUCGAAGACAAGACCAUUGAGCUGAUGACAAGUCUGAGAAGGAAAGCCCAUUCGAAUCCCCUUUCAUUCUGGAUUGGUGGAUCUGAAGCCCAGAAACAAAGUUUCAGUGUUCUGUGCCAAGGUCUUUGUGGCUAGGCUGCUCCAACCUGGUAGAGAGCAUGUGCGCACUGAGAUGCCUGCAGAGCAUGCCCAGUGUCAGAUGUCUCCAGAACACAUCAGUAAUGGAGGAUCAGAAUGAAGAUGAGUCUCCAAAGAAAAAUACCCUAUGGCAGAUAAGUAAUGGAACCUCAUCCGUGAUUGUCUCAAGAAAAAGACCAUCGGAAGGAAACUACGAAAAGGAAAAAGACUUGUGUAUUAAAUAUUUUGACCAGUGGUCUGAAUCAGAUCAAGUGGAAUUUGUGGAACACCUUAUUUCACGAAUGUGUCACUAUCAGCAUGGACAUAUUAACUCUUACUUGAAGCCCAUGUUACAGCGGGACUUCAUCACUGCGCUACCAGAGCAAGGCUUAGAUCACAUAGCAGAAAACAUCCUUUCCUAUCUCGAUGCCAGAUCGCUCUGUGCAGCAGAGCUGGUCUGUAAGGAGUGGCAGAGAGUCAUCUCUGAGGGAAUGCUAUGGAAAAAGCUGAUUGAGAGAAUGGUACGCACAGACCCACUGUGGAAGGGACUGUCAGAAAGAAGGGGUUGGGAUCAGUACCUGUUUAAAAACAGACCAACAGAUGGCCCCCCAAAUUCCUUUUACAGGUCCUUAUACCCAAAGAUAAUACAGGAUAUAGAGACUAUAGAAUCGAACUGGCGAUGUGGGCGACACAACUUGCAAAGGAUCCAGUGCCGCUCGGAGAACAGCAAAGGUGUCUACUGUUUACAGUAUGAUGAUGAGAAGAUUAUCAGUGGCCUACGAGAUAACUCCAUUAAGAUCUGGGACAAAACAAGCUUGGAAUGUUUGAAAGUAUUAACAGGACAUACUGGCUCGGUUCUUUGUCUGCAGUACGAUGAGAGAGUCAUUGUAACUGGAUCUUCAGAUUCUACAGUGAGAGUGUGGGAUGUAAAUACAGGUGAAGUUCUGAACACCUUGAUUCAUCACAACGAAGCAGUGCUUCAUUUGAGAUUCAGCAAUGGCUUGAUGGUGACGUGCUCAAAGGACAGAUCAAUUGCUGUUUGGGAUAUGGCAUCACCAACUGACAUCACCCUGCGCCGUGUCUUAGUUGGCCAUCGUGCUGCUGUCAACGUGGUGGACUUCGAUGACAAGUACAUUGUGUCAGCAUCAGGGGACAGGACCAUUAAAGUCUGGAGCACAAGUACGUGUGAGUUUGUUCGCACUCUCAACGGGCACAAGCGUGGCAUUGCAUGCCUGCAGUACAGGGAUCGACUAGUCGUCAGCGGCUCUUCAGACAACACCAUUAGGCUAUGGGACAUUGAGUGUGGUGCCUGUUUAAGAGUAUUAGAAGGCCACGAAGAACUGGUUCGAUGCAUCAGGUUCGACAACAAGAGGAUUGUCAGUGGAGCCUAUGAUGGCAAAAUUAAAGUUUGGGACUUGCAAGCUGCUCUUGACCCUCGUGCCCCAGCAAGUACAUUAUGCUUGCGUACGUUGGUGGAACAUUCGGGACGUGUCUUUAGACUCCAGUUUGAUGAGUUUCAGAUCAUCAGUAGUUCCCAUGACGAUACAAUUCUGAUUUGGGAUUUCUUAAACGUGCCACCCAGUGCCCAGAAUGAGACCCGCUCUCCAUCUAGAACAUACACUUACAUCUCCAGAUAACAGUCUGCACUUUACUGCCCUCAGAAGGGUUUCACAGUCUGAACUACUGGAUUUUUGGCUACUACAUGCCUGAAGAUGUUGAUUGACAGUUAAAGUCAAAAUUGGUUCUAGAUGCUGUGUUAGAUGCAAAGCAGCACAAUUCUAUAUCUAAAUUUCUUACUCUUUCCUGCUCUCAGUGGUCAUCUUUGAAUUUACUACAAAUUCACUGACUUCGAGUAGAUGAAUUUCAGAAGCCUUCCCUUCCCUGCAGUGAGAAAUCCAAAGCUUCACAUGUAAAUUGUCCGUAGAAACUGAACUCUGAUGGCUUGUUUUUCAGAAAUAAAUCAGAAGUCAAGAAAGGACUUGGCCUAAUUUAUAUUGCUUUGCACUUUUGUCUGACUUUAAAGAGAAAAAAAAAAACCUAAACCAACAACAACAACCAACAAACAUUCUCCAAUGAAAUUUGGGUGCCAAACACAUGCCCAGAAUGUACAGAGCUUUGCUUUCCAAGUCACCGUUGUCCUUUAGACUUUACUCUCAUGCCAGAUCCAGAGCCUGGUUGGUUUGGUAGGAGCAUACCUUGGACUCUUAGAAAUAUUUCUGAAUUGCUCAGUAAUAUUUUCUUUUUGGAUGACAGUUUACUUGUUUCUGCACCAAGAGUUUCUUUUCAAAGGAGAGAUUCCCUGUAAUGAAUUCAGGCUAGGUUAUCUGAACUAGUUGUGUAGCACUGUCUUUCCCUUUGCCCUGUGCUCUCUACUCCAGCCGUCCUGCGCUUCCCGGCGUUUGGUAGAGCAAAGGCUCCCCAUGUGUGCUUGCCUCACUUCCAGCCCUCUGUGAGCAUGUAGAUAUGAUGUACAUAUAACAGCACAGCCUCUGGGACUGGCUCGGGACCCCCUGACACUACACACCAAUGCCAAACCUGGUGGCACUUGGCAGCAGGAUCUUCUCGCUCCUGACGCUGCAGGGGCUCCUGUGAGUUGCCCAGACCUGUUCUCUGCGGAAGGAGGUUUUCAGUAUUCCUUAGGAUUUUUUUUUUAAUGGGAACUACAUAUUUUAAACUGUAAUUUCUAAACUUUUUAAGAAUUAAAAAUGUGUUUAAUUUAUGUUCUGUAUCUUAUAUUUUUGUGCCGCAGUAUUUACAGAUGUCUUUCCUUCAACACCAGCUGAUGUCCUUCUCUAGCAUUAGUUUGGCUGCUCAGUGGAGAAGACACCAUGGGCCAAAGUUCAAGUUAUUUAUGUUUGAUCUGUAACACUUUGGUGUGGUGGAGUGGAGGUGCCUCAAGUCAACGCCCUGGUUCCCAUGCUGAUGGCCACGCUAAGUAGUUGUCUGUAGCUGGCAGCUGUGACUGUGUUACGAUGUCCUGGUCACCGUUCCUCUUCAGAGGCAUGCUUCACUUGGGAGGUCCCAGCAGUGUCUCCUGACACUGGCAUGGUGUCCCCUCUAAUUUCUGUGGUGACACAAACCCUGCUGCAUUUUUCUGCUGCCAGAGCGGGAUGUGGGUCAGUGCAGACGUGGGUGUUUCACCUGCAUCAGCUGCACGUGGUGGCGGCUUCCCUUUAAUGCUCCAGCCAAGCGUGGCGUGAGUUUGGCCGGUUUUCCUGGCACAGAAGUGUAUCCUCAUUCCUCUGCUCCUCUGUACCCUCUGUGGGUUUUUUUGCUUUUUGGGUUUUGUUGGGUUUUUGUUUGUGUUUCCCCCCCUCUGGCAGCACUUUCUCGGGUUUGUGCUUUCCCUUUUGCAGUCAGAGGGUGAGGGAUGCCCGGCUGCCGAGGGGCGGUACCGGUGGAACACAUCCACCUCUGUCUCCAGCAAAUCCAGGGAGAGUGCUCACCAACCUCUUGCAGGAGAGUGACUUAAGGCUUCCUCCUCUUCACCCUUCACAUUGAGAGAGGUGUUGGGAUCAGUGUUGAACCUCAACUCCCACUUAGACGUUCCUCUGACAAUAUUUAUUUCACGGAGAUGACCGAAUGUGACGAAGUUCUGAAGAUGACAGGCACGCUCCCGAGCGUGAUCCAGCAGAUCACUUUUUUGGUAAGCUUGGCAGUAGUUCGUGAAGUGUCUUACUUUUACCCUUCUCAUCUAAUAGCUUUAAUAUUAAACUGUUUAAGAAGAAGAAGAUCUGCCGCAGCCCUGAAGAAAACAAGAAGAAGAGGUCUCUUUGUGUCCGAAGAGCGGAGUCCUUCCCUUCAAUGCAUGUGUAAGAUUGAAAUUCCUGUUUUUCCUUGGGAGGUGAUGGUAUUGAACAUGCAGUCGAAACUUUUGUGCUUUGUGUAACAUAGCGGUGGACUUUUGUGAUUGGCACCCAAGGAACGUGGCUCCUGGGAUUCAUGGUAGUGAUCCUGGCUGCACCCUGGACUUUGUUUUGCUAACCAUAAUUGAGCAACUGUACAUUACUGCGAUAUUAAUGUUCGAAGCACUGGGAUAGUCUAACUCUAACUUGUAAUUAUGUUUGCCAAUUAUCUGUUUGGAAAGUUGGUGUAUGAACAGCUUCUUGGAACUGUUAAAUUGUACAGAUAUCGUUCAUGAUCUAAAGCUUUGUACUGUGGAAUGUGCUUAAUAAUAAAAAAAAAAAGGAAGUUUGAACUUAAA